AACGGAAGUGCGCAGGGUGAUUCGCUUUCUUGUUUUGCCGCUCUGGAAGACGUCAGUUGGUUAAGCAGGAGAAGCUAGCAGACGUUUCAAGGAAGGAUCAUACCCCAAAGGAGGUUCGCCGGCUUCUUUCCGUCUGGUCGGGAUGAAAUGACAGUUCUUCUUGGAUAAAAGUAAUUACGGACGGAUUUCUGGUAUUCUGAGUAGUAUCAGAAACCUUGGCACUUAUAUCCUGACUCGAACGUGACAGCUGCUCUAUCAAGGGCCACCCCAGUCCUCUCUGGGCUAAAGGCUAAAAAGUUAUAGACCAUCUGGAUAACCCAACGAACGAUCACUCACCAAAUCGAAAACCUCUGGUUGCAGACGACCUGGAGUAAGACAAGAGCAGGUGCCAGAGGUCACUCACCCGCCACACAGCACCAGCAGGUCCGUCGCUCAGUACUGGCUCUCCGCUCCCCGCUGCUCUCCGCAGGAACAAGGGGGGGAGCCUCGCUCGGGACAUCAUGUCUCACGAUGACGUAGUAGCCCCCUGUGACAGACGAGAGUCCUCGGCGUCUACUGUGAGCUGUGCUUGAGCUCAUCUUAUUUUCAGUGCCAUGUCAGAUCUUUUCCGUACUAUUGGAUUUCCCGCGCUAAGCCCACGGACUGGAGUAUGACGAGGAGAAGGAAGGGGUUUGACCUAGACAACUUCCCGUUGACAUGGAGAUCACAUGAGGUUUUACUGUACUUAGUUUCGGUGUCUGUCGUGCUUGCUUCGGUCACGGCACAGUCAGACUGCGGCGAUUAUUAUGACCUGGGCCCUUCUUCCACCGGGACCAUCUACAGUCCAGACUACCCGAACAUGUACGGGACUUACAGCAAGUGUAUCUGGCUCAUCAGAACCGACGACAAAUAUCGGGUACAGCUCUCCGUCACCUUCACGGGGGAGCGCUACAAUGGAGACUGUUCCGACUACCUUGAGAUCCGAGACGGAAACAGCUCUGCUGCACUGGUGGCCAAGCUGUGCGACACACACACGGCCGAGGUGGUCCGCUCUACCUACCGCUGGAUGUGGGUCCUCUUCAAGUCGGACGGCAUCACUGGCUCCGCCACUGCCAUGCAGGCCACUUUCUCCUCCUUCUACAAUGCCACGACUCCUGCGAUCACACAAAACGCUGCUCCAACGUGUCGGUCCUACGAGUUUGAGUGUCGUAACAUGCAGUGUCUGAGCAUGGCCUACCGCUGUGACGGCUACAACGACUGUGGCUGUAUCAACGACUGUGAUGAGGACGGCUGUGGGCCUCUUGCGCUCUCUACGGGAGCCCAGAUUGGCAUUUCGAUCGCAGUUGGCAUCGGUGUUUUCUUCGUAAUCUGUUGCAUUGCCUUCCUCAUUGAAAGCAAGGAGAACUGGCUGGCUUCUAAGAAUGAAGAGAAGUUGGAGCGAGAGACUCAGGCAGCACAGCGGCGUCGACGAGCUACCAAAGCGUUCUCCAAGUUCAUCGGUGACAACAAGGACAGCGUGGUCAAGUCCAAGUCAGCGAUCGUCCCCGCCCUCAAAGUGACCGAGGUCGAGUCUUCCUGAUGUGCCACUCCUGUGGCUUACUUGCUUUCCACCUUAAUAAAAAAGCAUUCUAUUCUGGUGUCUCGUAAAAUCUUGUCACCUUUCCAUGAACUUUCGUGGCUCUGCCUUCGUAUAGACGACAUUAUUAUUCUGUUGUCUUGCAUUGACACCGUUGUCUUCUACAUGCCUUUGACGUUGAGUACGCCACAACGAUUCCUGCCUCGAAAUGAUGCUGCACUCUGGCUUUUAACAAGGCGUUAUUGAACUUUAACGAACUUGGCGUGCGGUACUGCGAAGACGUUACUCAUGCUCCUCUGGAUAAGGCCAAAUUUCUGUGAUAUUCUAUGUUCUUUCUGAAAGUUCUGACAGAGCUGAAAGGGGUGAUCUCUAACCCCAGCACAUACCAUAACAAAGAAACGCUGGCAACAUUCGUAAUGAGGAGAGUGUCAACCUACCCGAAGAUACUGACGAAAUUUCAGCAUCGGACUUCUACGAGCUGACUACGUUGGUGUGAUGCCAAGUAUCAUGCAUAGAAUCAUAGAGCCUGUAAACACGGCAGACAAAGUGAAGUAACAAAACUGUUUCUUGAUAACAAACGGUUAAACAAGGCGUGCAAGAGGACCUGUAUAAUAUGGAGUGAACUGGGAAAAGAACAGAUUGUGCCCACUUAACCUGGCGUUUCUGCUAGUAGUGGCUUGUCUCACGGGGUACCGUUCUCCUAGGGAUAUGCGCCUAUUGACUGAACUGACGUACACUCCAUUCACCCCCCCCCCCCCCCCUUUGAAACACUGUUGCGGGUUUUGGUUUCUACGGUGAGUGUAUGCCAGUUCUUUCAUGCUCAUUACCAUCAUAAAUAUGUCUCCGACAGUCUGGCUUUGUGGAGACGUUGAGGGUUUGUUUAUGUCCAACGAUUAUCCUUUACUUCCUGUUGGAUUACAAAGGGCUUUUGUGACUUAUCUAAGCUUACUAAGUUUCUUUUUCAGUCUGGUAUAAUAAUAGUGACAGGUUGUUUUUUUAAAUCUCUUUUUGUAAUAUUGUUAAAUAAUUUAAUUUUUUAUUCUU